UUUCAAACUUUUGACCAAUCCUCUAACGGCUCGGAGCUGCUAAUUUCCCGUUUUGACUCCUCUCCGGAACGCCCCCAAAGGUCCAAAACCUAACUGCCUCUUCCUCUUCAUUCCCUCUCUUCUCUUCUCUUCUCCCCACAUUCAUCCUUUUCACUUAAUGGAGGAGAAGAAACUGAUUGUGGAAGCGUCCUCUUCUUCUUUGAAACGGAAGAGGCCGCCCAAGAUUCAGAUUCCGGAUAUUUUGAGGGAAAUCCAGGCGGAGGAGCUGGCAUUCAGAGACUCCACGCCUAAGAAUGACGCGGUCUGCUUCAGUGGUGGCGGUGUCGGGAUAUCUGCUGUAAAAGGGAAGAAGAAGUUCAUGGAAGAUACCCACAAGAUUGUUUCUUGCUCACAGGGCAACUCGAACAAAGCUUUUUUCGGAGUUUAUGAUGGACAUGGAGGCAGGAAGGCUGUAGAUUUCGUUGCAGAGAACUUGCACAACAAUAUUUUUGAGUUGUUGAAGAAUUGUGCAGGAAAUGAGGAGAAGGAGGAAGCAGUAAAAGCUGGGUAUCUGAAAACAGAUGAAGAAUUCUUGAAGCAGGAUUCAGCUGGUGGUGCCUGCUGCGUUACAGCCUUAAUUGAAGGUCAGGACAUUGUUGUUGCAAAUGUGGGAGAUUGCAGGGCUGUCCUAUGUAGAGGAGGAGUUGCUGAAGCUCUCACAACUGAUCAUAAACCAGAAAAAGAGGAUGAACGAAACAGAAUAGAAAAUAAGGGAGGAUAUGUUCUGAUGCAUCGAGGGGCUUGGAGAGUUCACGGAAUACUUUCUAUCUCUAGAAGCAUUGGAGAUGCUCAUAUGAAAAACUGGAUCCCAGCUGAGCCUGACACAAAAAUCCUUCAAAUGACUCAAGAUAUGGAGUUCCUUGUUUUGGCUUCUGAUGGACUUUGGGAAAAGGUUGGCAACCAAGAAGCUGUUGAUACAGUGACAAAUUUAUUGGAAGAGAAAAAACUGGCAACUGGAGAUUUUGUUAAGGACAACCAUGAUGAGUACGGCUGCUUAAAUGUAAAUGUAAGUGUAAAUGGAAGUCCUUCAUCAAAGCUACGUAGGGUAUCCCUGGUUAAAAAGCAGAGGGAGAUCACAACUCUUCAGUCACCAAGAUAUAAGAAUACCAUUAAUAACUGGAAAGAUAAAGAGGAUGACAUUUAUUGUGAAAAUGGAAGCCCACCAUCAAAGCUAAGAAAGGUUUCCCUCACCAAACGAGUAAGUAUGAAAUCUGAGAAAUCUACUCAAGAAAAUGCUGAUAAGAAGGGGACGCCUUCCGCCUGGCUUUCAGCUGCUUGUAAGGAACUCAUGAACCUUGCUUUGAGUAGGGGUAGUUUGGAUGAUAUCACUGUAAUGGUAAUUGAUUUGAACCACUUCAGAUGUAGCAGCUGAUACCACUUCAUUAUUUGUUUACAUAAGCAGCUUCAAAUUCUCAAUUUUAAUAUCCAAAAUUUAGCUUUUUGUUAUACUUAUAUAGUGCUCUUCUAUUUCUUCACCUGUUGAAUUUGAAUGCACUAGAAAUGAUACAAAGAGGGCACUUUUGACCACUCCAAUCACCAGUUACUUACUGCUCUCUAGUUGAAUGACAGUUAUUGCAAUGUUACACUGGACCACCUAUAUCUCUUCUAAUGCUUGCUCCUCUCCUCCACUCCUUUCUCUGAAAAAAUUUGCGGAUUGUAAUGUUUGGUGUGGGGGAAUGCCUUGUUUAUGAGGAUCGGUAUUGGAUGUCAAA